ACCCCGAUUACAUACAACAAGCCAUGCUCCGAACUUGCAUAAAAUCGCUGUUCGAAUGUCUUACCUUCACGAGGUUGACGAGGAUCGUACUCAUGCGAUAACGCUUUUUCCUCACUAUGAUUUCCUAGACGCCGUGAUUGUUGAGGAAUGAUAGCUGAGUCUGUCGUGGCUCCAAUCAACGCACGAUAUUUGGGGCAGUGAAGCCUGGCAUGCAGUGAACGUACCGUAUAUCGGAUAUGUUCCUCUAUCUCCUUCUUCCAUCUGGAUCUCGGAAUCUUGAACUCGCGUUGGGUUCUGAAGCCGAACAUAAAUGCAAGGUCCGGGCAAAGUCUAGGAACGCCUGACUCAUUUUCAUUAUCGUUCAGCCGGCAAGCUUCGGUAUUUAUACUCGUCUUGGCACUUUCUCUUAGAAACCCUUUCUGGUUCUCCUUUGUGCAGGAAGAUGGUCACCCAUCUUCUUCGUGGAUCCCUCCUCAGACAGGCCUCAAGUCUUUCGUCCCGUCACUUUUCUGUACAUUCUACGUUCAAACGGAGCGCCUGGAGAAACACUUCUAAGGGGUUUCGAUGGAGUCUAGCAUCUGGCGCCGUUCUCGCAACUUCUGCUGUUUUCUUGCAGUCCGCCAUUCAUGCAGAUGCACUUGACCCCCCCAAAAAUGACGAUCAUAAGAAGCCUACGCCUUUGUCAAGCUUAAUACGAUCGUAUAUCGUAUACACUGCCUGUUGUAUUCCUGGAUUGGUCGACUGGUCACCUGCAAUCCUGUCUACUCUUAUGUCGGUUCCUCUGCUGAAACAAAUUACCGAGGCUAUAGUACGGGUAACAUUCUUCAAUCAGUUCGUCGGCGGCGACACUGCUCAUGGAACUGUUCCGGUUCUCGAGAGUUUGCAGGAACAGAAUAAGGGUUCGAUCCUGGUCUACAGUGUGGAAGUGGAUGAGACGGAGGCUGCGGGUGGCGCGAAGAAGAAUGAAGUGCCAGCCCAUAAGCUGAUUGUUGACGAAAUGAUUCAGAGCAUCAACGUCGCGGCUGAUUUUGAGGAGCAGCAUCCCAGUUCCAGUGGUGUACGGAGUACAUGGGUUGCGGUGAAACUUACGGCUCUGCUUCCUAAUGCUCAAUCUUUGAUCAACUUUUCCAAACAUCUGGUCAACACUCGUCCACGAUCUUCGCCUCCGGUUCUUUUCCCCGGUGCUCCUCAUCCCACAGAUCUUGAUGCUCUCACCUUGCGGAGCGCUCAGGGAACUUCACUCACGGAACAGGACAUCAUCGAUUUAAAGGACCUCCACGCGGAUCUCGUCAGAAUAUGUACGCGAGCUCAGGAACGGGGGAUUCGACUGCUUAUCGAUGCAGAACACAGUUGGUACCAACCCGCCAUCGAUUCGUUCACCCUGGCCCUGAUGCGGCAAUUCAACAAGGUUCCCGACGGCCACUCCGAAUCCUGCAGCAAAUUCCAACCUUUGAUUUACACAACGAUCCAGGCAUACCUUCGCAGAACACCGGCUUAUGUUGCUCAAAGUCUUGCCGACGCGGAGGCUGGAGGUUACGCUCUCGGAAUCAAACUUGUCAGGGGCGCGUACCAUCCGUAUGAAACCACAGCGCACUUUGCUCGUACCUCCGGAGACGAGGACUUGAAGCACAACUCCUUGUCAAUCUCUCCCGAUCCUGAACCGCCUGUCUGGGCAACGAAACCUGAUUCGGAUGCAGCAUUCAAUAAUUCGGUGAAAGUUAUUCUGGAAGCUGUCGCUCAGGAUAUCGAAGGCAACAAGUCAUCUUCUAGAAGAGGUUCUUUGUCCUCGUUGCUCAAGAAGGAUGCGGAUUCUGCCCCUGCUCCCCCCACUAUUGGUGUCAUUUUUGGGUCACAUAACUGGGACAGUCAGAAGUUGGUCUUGAAAGAACUUAUCAAGCUCGGACUGGCAAAUGUUGAAGGGACUACCGAGAAUGGUGAACCUAUCAUUCGGAUAGGUGAUGAAGUAAUUCGCCGAGUCUCCGUUGCUCAGCUAUACGGCAUGACCGAUGCGCUCACGAACUACAUCGUUGAUCGAACUAGUUCCUCGUCACCGUUUGUUCUUAAGUAUGUUCCGUAUGGCGCUUUGGCUGAAGUUAUGCCGUAUCUCAGUCGACGUGCAAUCGAGAACAAAUCAGUUCUCGGUACUGGAGCAGCCACGGAAGAGAGGAAGCGCGCAGCUGCAGAGAUCAAGAAGCGAAUCUUUGGAUAAGGAAUGUUGUGUAUACUUAGCCCCUCCUUGGUAUAAUAUUCAGUGAUCAACACAGUAUACUCAUAGAUUCUCCUUAUGGAUACGUAUCUUGUAACUUAUCUAGACCGUAGUACUGCCUUGACUAGACUUUUGUUGCAUUU